CUGCUUUAUUAAAACCUUCGUCAAACCGAAAAGUCAUCCGUGAGGCUGCACCACAUGAACGUAAAUUAUUUACACUCGUUGAAGAACUAGGCACAACACCAAGGGAAGAAUUAGAACAGCCCACUCCAUUACGCGGACCUGAUCCUGUGACUGUCGAUAAGAUAUUACGAGCUGCUAAUGUACUAGCUCAAAUAUGUAAUCUUCAGGAUGCCAAAGAGCAAAUUGAAUUCUUGGCGCAACGUCACGAAGAAAUCACGUCUUCAAUAGACAGUUUGGAAUCCAUAAUGGAAAAGCAAAAGAUCAAUCUAGAAAAAUGUAAAAUUGCUGAACGAGCAAUAUAUCUAGAUCAAGUUAAUACGGGUGAUGAGGCUUCAUCUUCAGGCAAUCAAAUGUCAAAGAUCGAGGAAGAUAUUUGGCAUCAUGAAAAAGAAAUCCUUGCAUUAGAAAUGAUAAAAAAGGAGUAUAUAAAGAAGGUGAACUCUCUUGAUGAAGAAUUAGCAGAGCAAAAACAGUUAGAAGAAGAGGAAAUCAAAUUAAAUCAUCGUUUGGGAAUGUUGGUUAGCCAUGAACUAGCGGAGAGGCUGCAACUUCUUGAGUUUAAGAAAGAAAUCCUUGCGGAAUUAGACACUCAGCUUGAAGAGUUGGAAGAAAUUGCGUCGCGACAAAUGUACACUGGUGACUUUGGUCACUUAAAGUUUAAAUUUCAAAGUAUAUCGAAGAAAGCAGACAUGAUGACAAAUGAAGUUCAUUCGGAAGGAAAAGAUAGAAUCGAAAUUAUUUUGUCCACUCUAUCUUCGAAAAUUGACCAGAUUUUGGAUGAUCGUCAAAGAUGGUUGUCAUUGGAAUUUAAUCAUCAUGUCAUCAAAGAGGUCAAUAAUACUCUGGUCAAUUAUGUCGCAUCUACAUUAGAUCAAAGCGAUAUCGAUCUGAAUGUCUCAAUACCGGUUCCAUCGCAACAAGCCAUUAUUGCUGCAAUGAUUCUACAAAUGGUUCGUAACGUAGGAGGAGAAAUACCACUUGCUGAUCUUAAGGAUCAGAUUAGCCGAGCUGCGCGCGAGAAAAGAUGGCAAGAAAGAGAGGGAAUAAAUGCCCUUUAUCUUCUUGUUGCCAAUAGGCUU